UAAGAGAGAAGGGGGCUGAGGUGGGAAAACAAAGGGAAAAUUACCAAAAAAAAUCUGUCAAGAAAUUACUUCUUUAAUCGAAUGGAAGCCUGUUAAUCACAGAGAAUCAACUAAUCAGAGGAGACAAAAGGGUCUCCUUUGUUAUCAGCUUACCCUUGACUGUCUGUGUGUUGUUUUCCAGAUAAUCAAGGAAGAAAGCUUUCGGUUUUCAUGGGUGGAUUUGACGAUCAUGGUGGGAUAAUUGGCGAUUGGAUGCCUCCGAGCCCUAGCCCUAGAUCUUUUUUUGCUGCUAUGUUGGGGGAUGAUCCUGGUUCAAGAUCAGUACCCGACCCUCCAAAACAUGAUACCAAUAACGACACCGGGUUCACUUUCCCUGGACCAAAUCCCCAAAUCGGGUCUGAAAAUGGUGAUGCGACAAAAUCAAGUGAAUUUGGUGAUCAAAAAACGAACUCAAGGGCACCUCUUGUUGAAAGAAUGGCAGCUAGAGCUGGUCAUAAUGCUCCUAGGUUGAAUACAGAGAUUAUAAAAUCUUCUGAUAAUUCACAAACUCAACAAUCUCCAUAUUUAUUUUCACCUGGUGUUAGCCCAACUUCAUUUCUGGAAUCACCUGUUUUCCUUUCCAACUCAUUGGUUCAACCAUCUCCAACUACUGGAAAGUUCCAAUUUGUUCCAAAUGAUUCAGCUCCUGUAUCUCGUGAUCAUGUGAAUCCAGCCUUCAUGUCUACACAAUCUUUUCAACAUAAUGAAAGUCUAGUUCAAUCUGAAAGACAAUUCCCACCACAAAAGAUUGAACCAACACAAAAUGAAACAUCUUCACUCCAUAUUCGUUCAGGCUUUCUUAAUGGCAAUUCUGAAAGAUCUCAAGAACAUCAUGAAGAUGAUGCAUCAGAUCAAAGAAUAAAUGGAGAUAUUGGCAAUAAUUCCAACAGUGCCUCAUCCGAAGAUGGAUAUAGUUGGAGGAAAUAUGGACAGAAACAAGUGAAGGGAAGUGAGUAUCCAAGAAGCUAUUACAAAUGCACUCAUUUAAAUUGUCCUGUUAAAAAGAAAGUUGAAAGGUCCCACGAGGGUCAUAUAACUGAAAUUAUUUACAAAGGGGCCCACAAUCAUCCCAAACUCGGGCCCACUAAAAGAUCUGGAGUUGGAUCUUCAAACAUGUUAAGUGAGAUGCAAGGUGAUGGAAAUGAGCAAGGUGGGAAUGGUGGUCAGUGGGGGCAGGAAGGUAAUUAUGAGGUGACAUCUUCUGGGAUGGCUAUGCAGGGGCAAAACGGUCAUUUUGAAUCUAGUGAUGCUGUGGAUGGGUCGUCUACAUUUUCAAAUGAUGAGGAAGAUGACCGUGCGACACAUGGCAGCGUGUCACUUGGUUAUGAUGGUGAAGGAGAUGAAUCCGAGUCUAAAAGAAGAAAAGUUGAAGCAUAUGCAGCUGAUGUAAGUGGGGCCACCCGGGCCAUAAGGGAGCCGAGGGUAGUUGUGCAAACAACCAGUGAAGUGGACAUUCUUGAUGAUGGAUACCGCUGGCGUAAAUAUGGACAAAAAGUUGUCAAAGGAAACCCGAAUCCCAGGAGUUACUACAAGUGUACAAGCACAGGGUGCACAGUGAGGAAACAUGUGGAAAGGGCUUCACAUGAUUUAAAAUCAGUUAUAACAACCUACGAAGGGAAACACAACCAUGACGUGCCAGCUGCACGUAACAGCAGUCAUGCUAAUAAUAAUAACAACAACACCAUGACUCCAGAAGCCCUAUCGAUGCCUGAGCCAUCUCGUAUGCAAACCGCCAUGGCCCGCUUCGAUAGGGCUCAGGCUCAGGUAAACCAUCAUUAUGGUUUACCUGGUGGUGGUCAUGGUCAGAUGGGUGGUCCCACUGGGAGUGGGACCGCCCAUGGAUACAACGGGUAUCCAAUGAGCCAACAAGGACCGGGUGGGUUGGCUCAUAUGGGUCUCAGUCUGGCUAACCAUCACCAUAGCCAUGGGAAAAUGCCUGUUCUUCCUGUUCAUCAUUAUUUAGGUCAGCCACAGCCAUUGAUGUUGCCAAAAGGUGAACCGAAGGUGGAGCCCAUGUCGGACCCUGGUGCACCCAUUUACCAUCAGAUGAUGAACCGGUUGCCACUUGGGCCUCAGAUGUGAAAAUUGGAAUUCGAUCAAAAUUUGGGUUUUUUUUUUUGGGGAAAGAGUUGAAGAAAAUGGGCUUCAUGUUACAUCAUCAUCUUUUGUAGGGGUUUUCUUGUUUUUAAGUACUUAUUUCAAGAUUCUGAAACUACAUUGGGAGAAGGU